AUGCCAACCAGAUUAACCAAAACCAGAAAGCACAGAGGUCACGUUUCCGCCGGUAAGGGUAGAAUUGGUAAGCACAGAAAGAAUCCAGGUGGUCGUGGUAUGGCUGGUGGUCAACAUCACCACAGAACCAACUUAGAUAAAUACCAUCCAGGUUACUUCGGUAAGGUUGGUAUGAGAUACUUCCACAAACAAAGAAACCACUUCUGGAAGCCAGAAAUCAACUUAGACAAAUUAUGGACUUUAGUUGAUGAAGACAAGAAGGACGAAUACUUAAAGUCUUCCUCUGCUUCCGCUGCUCCAGUCAUUGACACCUUAGCCCACGGUUACGGUAAGGUCUUAGGUAAGGGUAGAUUACCACAAGUUCCAGUCAUCGUCAAGGCCAGAUUUGUUUCUGAAUUAGCUGAAGAAAAAAUCAGAGCUGUUGGUGGUGUUGUUGAAUUAGUUGCUUAA